CCUUCCUCCCGUCUCCACACACACUUAUCAGUGGCACAUUGUCACAGAAGCACGCAUCUCGUGUUGUUAGAAACACUUAAAGAAAAGAAGAAGAUAAAGAAGAACACAAACACACAAACAUCUUCCUAGCACACCUGGGAUGAACAGGAUGACUGACAGUUGAAACCUUCCGAGGAACAGGACGCUGUUUACAGGUAACAUGAUGGAAGUGGCAGGUCCUUGGACAGAAGUAUUUGAGGGCUCGGAGAGGAUGGAGAAGUCUAAUGGAGCAGACACGUUACUGGGGAGCUCCACUCUGACUCUGGCACCUCUGGUUACAGAUUCGCCCUCCGUUCGCCGCUCCCAGCCCAUCCUCAUCACCUCAAGCAGGACGAAAACAGUAGAGCACUUCUCUUCCUCUGUCCCGUCCAUACCCAACCCAUUUCCUGAGCUGUGUAGCCCCUCCAAGUCUCCAGUCCUCAAUAAUUCACUUCCACCAACGUCAAGUGACAAACACGCUUAUUUUGACUGCCAAACACUGCCAGAGUAA